GCCGUCAGAGCGGCAGAGGGAGAAGGGCUGGCAGUACCGCUCUGCUAAAAUCUCUCAGUUCGGUCAAGCAUGUCGCUUUUCUGUUUGCAGGGACCUCUACUCUACCCAAAUACAAUGAUUAUACUGACCGGUAGAUAGAAGCGUUUUGUUGAAGCCGAGGAAAUGUCUCGUUGGAUUUGGUGCCCGUUUCUGCUGCUGCUGCUGCUGCUUCCCCUGGGUUGUGAAGUCCAAGCUCAAGUAGAAAACCGGGUGGUUUUCCUGCCGGGAGCGUUCCAGAACGUGAGCAUCUCCCAGAAUGAGACGGUGCAGGCCGUGGUGUCCCGGAUCCCCCCGGAGGUCGCUUUCAUCACUCUGCAGUUCCACACGCAGCACCGCAACGCCACGCUCUCCUACGCCCGGAUGCCAGGCCUGGGUCUCUCCCUGACUGCAGUGGACUCGGGGCUCCUGUCGGCUCUGCAGCCAGGCCAAGCGUCCCUCUCCCUGUUUCUGUCUUCUCCUGACGGGGGCACCGUGGCAGGCACCGGGGUCAUCCUCCAGUACUCCAGCACCGAUCCGGUCCCUGGAGCUUGCAACAUGGAGUUCAACCUGGACAUCGACCCAAACGUCUACAUCCACUACAACCUCUACGAGACCACGAUCCGCUUUGCACCGGCGAACCUAGGAUACGAGAGGGGAGAAACUCCGCUGGCCUGCGACAAAUCGACAGAAAGCACCACGCGCUGGCGGCUGCAGUAUGACAUCUACCAGUAUUUCCUGCCGGAGAACGACCUAUCAGAGCGCAGCCUGUUCAAUGGCAUUCACGCUGUGGCUGACGUCCAGGGCAUGAUGGAGAACGGCAAACGGGUCUUGACGGUGUUAUCAUCAGAUAUGAGCAUGGCCGUGUUCAACUCCAUCCCCGGUCAGGGCGUCAUCUUCUCAGUGGUGGUCAGAGACCCGCUGCUGAACACCUCGGCCUCCUACGUCCCCGCCCACACCUACGCCUGCAGCUUCACCUCCACCCUGGACGGCUGUCAAACACUCGGAAAGAUAUCUACCAAGUUUUUCUUCACGGGGGGGGGGGGGGGGGGGGCCCUAGUGGCGAGCCUCCGGGUCAUGUUUGACUCCCAUGAUGGCUCCAUGCGCCACAAAGCAACUCUCAUAGGAAUGAACGGGGCUCAGCCUCCAACGCUGUAUCCAGAGUUGUUCUGCAUGGGAUUUAGCUUUGCGACGUUUUUCUUCUUUGUGCUGAUCACAAGGACCACAGGACUGGACUAUGACAUCUGUCUGACCCUGUCGGCAGUGAUCGGCGUGGUGGGCGGCGUCCUCCUGGUGAUGAGCUGGUGGCGCUUCGGUUCGGUCAUGGCCUGCAUCGUCGUGGUUGGACUGAUGCUUGGCUUCCUCAUCGCCUCCACCGUCCUCUUCACUCCUCUUGGUGACCUGGAUUUGUUCAGGCGUUCAGACGCGGUUUUCUGGGUGACGUUCUGCUGCAUAAUGCUCAUUGUUCCGCUCUUCUUCGUGCGCUGGCCCAGAGAGGGCAACAUCGUGACGUGCGGCAUCGUCGGGGCGUACGCCGUCAUCCUGGCCGUCAACGCCUACGUUUACACCAGCCUGUCCUACAUCACGCUCAACAUCCUCAAGCGCUUCCUCAACAACAACUUCAGCGCCGCGUUCACUGACGUGCCCUUCCAAGCCAUCGACUACGUCCUGAUCACGGUGUGGGUGGUGCUGGGCGUGUGCGGCAUCGUGCUGCAGCUGUACCGCGAGCGCUCCCGCCCGUUCUUCCCGCCCAGCCCGUACCUCAUGUGGCUGCAGGAACGCGAGCGCCGCAAGACCAACGUGCUGGACCCGAGCCACCACUUCCCGCCGCUGGCCAACCGCCUCCUGGCCCGUGCGCGCCAGCUCACCAAGAGGAUGGAGCCGGCCGGAGAACACACGCCUCUGCUCCUGUGAAGCGCCCACGCACGCCAUCGCCGUCUAAAAGGCCCAUUCAGGGUUCAAAGUUAGCGCCAUCUACCGGCCAAAUGCUGGGGCUGGUACAUCUGCUUCACAAACAAUGGCAGCCUGUUGAGUGGCUGGUCAAAUCUAAACAUUCACUCGCCCAUUUGGCUGGUAGACGAAAAAACUUUAUUUUUGAACCCCUGGUACACAGGCCUGAACACACGGAGGGAAAGAUCCCUGCGGUCCCGGGGAGACCUCUUAGUGAUCUGGAGGAAAAACUGUCCCUCGUGACAGUCGUGACUCAGCACCAAGCGGGAUCUAAAGCACUGACACUCUUUACAAAAUGUAUACAAAGACUGUGACCUUUUCUUUCCCCCUGAACGCCACUUUUAUUUAACUCUUAAAUGACAUUUUAACAAACCACUGAAACUGUUCAAGAAGAACUGAAGAAUUCUCUUUGGAAUGUCUCAAAUGUAGCCGCUGAUGCGUUUUAUGGCGUCCGCUGCUUCUUGCACUAAAGGCCCAAACUACUAACGGUUAACAAAAGCUGCGCGGCAUUUCACCGGUGCCGUCAAAGCAACAAGGCAUCUGACGUCGGCUUUUUGUCGUCGCUCAGCUGGCUUCUAAAACUACGGGCGUCCGCUCGGAACGGGACGUUUGUUGUCAUUUGGCUUUCAAAGGUGCUCUUAAGCGAUGUGACGCGUUUUUUUUUUUUUAGGCUACGACAUUUUUGUUGUUGUCACAUACAGCAAACAUCUCCUCGCUAUCCGCUAGCUGCCUGUCC